GGGUGACCCCAUGCACCACAUUCACCAGCAGCAACUCUAGAAGAUACUCAACAUGUCCCCACCAGGGUGCUCCAUCAUCUUACUGCUCUUCCUAGCAACCUCAGGGUAUUGUGCCAAACCCCGAGUGGAAAUCAUCCCAUCCAAUGGAGAGAUCUUUCUGGGAAGAGAGCAGAGCUUCAUAUGCAAAUCAUCGGUGGAGGCAACAAUGAAAUGGCUUAGUGGUGACGAUGACGAGGAGAUCGAGGAUGAAUCAAGGCGGUACAAGAAAGAAUCCAUCGAUGAGACUACUAUGACGCUGCAAGUCAUCGCAUCCAAGGUGGAACCUGACCGCAUUAUCAAAUGUCAAGCCGAGUCGGAGUCCGGAGAGACGACAAAUUCCGAGAUCAAAAUCAGGAUCAUUCAGAAACCAACUUUUGUGAAGGAUGUGUCAGUUAACAAAGCAUAUGACGCCGACUCAGACGCUAAGCUGCCGUGCGCUGUGGAAGGCAUUCCCACACCGCAGAUCACCUGGUUCCGCAAUGACAUGCCCGUCCCAAUCUUACCAGGUCAUCUUUCAGCGACCCGGGACGGGACCCUGACCAUAGACAAGAUCCAGCUGUCAGAUGCCGGAAUGUACUACUGCCAAGCUUACAUACGAGAACGCAAUGAAAUCAACUACAAGAACGUCACCGUCACUGUUAAUGCGGCUCCGAUCGUCACCUUUGAGGAAACUUUUCCCAAAAUCAAUUCCAAAUCCAACGCCUCAUUCACCUGCUCUGUGACCGGACACCCCAAGCCCGAGAUCGUCUGGAAAAAGGGAGAAGAGGUGGUGAGCGAUGAUGGACAGAAGUACAUCUUAAGCUCCAAUGGUCUCCAGCUCUCCAUCACUGACCUGGCCAAGGACGAUGAAGGGAACUACACCUGCCACGCCAGCAACAGCUUGGGACAAGAAAGCACAACCCUGACCCUGCAAGUCAUCGAUGCUCCCCGGGGACUUGGGGCUGGUGUGGUCGCUGGGAUCAUCUUACUUCUAAUAUUGGGGACUCUGCUGGCCAUGGACCUGACUUGUUACAGGACGAGGCGCCGCGGCUUCCUCAUGUUCCUGUCCACCAACAUACUGGGGAGACCGGCGCCAAGGGUCAAGCUGGAGGACGACCUCAAGAAGGGGACCUCCGACAAGAGCCACGUGGUAAAUAUUUCUGGCGUAGAUGCCUGACACCGCCAAAGGUUGACGUGGACACAAGAGGAAGCUGCGGGAUAAAAAUCCAAACUUUGUACAGAGACAUCCAGAAAUGUUCCGAGAGACUUCCGUACUGUAAAUACAUCUCACUAAACACGACCUUCGAAGAUAUAUUCGAGAACUCAAACUAGAUAAAAAUGUUUUUUUUUUUGAGUGGACAGAUCUAAAACUUUGUGAUGUUUUUUUUCCCCCAGAAGGUCAAUCCAUACUCUUCCAGCACAGUCCCAUUUUUUUUUCAAUAUCUAGUUAGUCCUCCAUUCUGUUUAGAAUUAGGUAGAGCCAGAAGAAAGCAACCAGGGUAAAGGGUCUCCAGGAGAACUUGAGUUGAGUUGAGUGGCAUCUGGCCAUUUACCCCCUAGGAUCCCCAACGUGCUUGAACUUGGCCCCAAAGUCUAUGCAAUGACAUGCCAUCUCACCAAGUGCUCCACAGGUACUGAAUCGUGGUGGCAGCUGUGUAGAUUGGAAUUGAUCUGCAUAGUGGAGGAGGGGGCACUGUGAGAGCCAAUUGCACUACAUGGCAUGUCUAACACAAGGGAGAGGACAACACAACCGACCAGCUUAUCACUUUAUUGACAACUGCCUUAUAUGCAAAUCACACAGAGGAAUGCACGGCAACUGUCAAUGAGAGGCGAAGACAGGGGUCAGUUGCCAGUCCAAUGGCCAAGAAAGGAAAAAAGAGAACCUGUCUGCACAGCUGUAGAGACCAUCUGGGGUUGGAGCAGCCCAACGCUCCCUUGCUUUACUGUGAACCGCACAGCCUUUAGCCUCCUGAAACUAGCACAGGCAGAG